ACGUCAAAAACGUCAUUGCGACAUUCGUAAAGGGAAAACCAUAAUAAUUAUUAAUUUGUGUGAAAACAGUUGUUAAACUCCAUAAAACUUUAAACACGGCGAUUAAAACCAUUAAACAUGGCUUCAAUACCACUAAUGUACGCUCAGGAAGAUUGUGAAUUGGGAGGAAAGGAAUCAAUUGAGGAUGACUUCACAUACCGCAACAAUGUCAUUAACGCCGAGAAAGAGAUCCGUCUGGGCUUCGUACGCAAAGUGUACGGCCUGUUGUCCGUGCAGCUGCUCGCUACCGUGGCUAUUGCAGGCACAUUCCACCUGGUCGAACCCGUCAAGCUGUUCAUACACCAGAACGAGUGGAUGGUGAUAAUAGCGUUCGUGCUCAGCUUGGUAACACUGUUCGCUCUGAUCGCAAAGAGACGAGAUUCACCCGCCAACCUGUACCUACUGGCUGCUUUUACGGUAGUGCAGGCGUACUCGGUGGGCGUGGUGGUGUCGUACUACAACACGGCGGUGGUGCUGCAGGCGCUGGCCCUCACCUUCGCUGUGGUCUUCUCACUCACAAUCUUCACUCUAAACACUAAGAUGGACUUCUCUUUCGUUGGAUAUGGUCUCUUCGCCGGCCUCAGCGUGCUAAUCAUCGGAGGUCUCCUGCAAAUCUUCAUCCAGAGCUCUGCCUUCGAGGUCGCGCUAUCUUUCGUCGGCGCCAUUCUCUUCAGCUUAUUCCUAAUCUUCGACACACAAAUGAUGAUGACAACUCUGUCCCCCGAGGAGUACAUCCUAGCCACCAUCAACCUUUACCUGGACAUCAUCAACUUAUUCCUCUACAUCCUGCGCAUACUCAACGAGCUGAACAGGAAUUAAUUCAGUAUUUAUUCAAGUAUUUUUUCGUAUUUCUGAUAUUUCUCUGGUCAGUACUUUUUUCUUUGGAGUUAUUUAUGGGAUUCGUUUAUUAGCUUGAUUCUUCUACACUUGUGCAUUAUUCUAUUUUGUAAUGCAGUAAGUUUAGUGUAUAUUUUGUAAAGCAGGAAUACAACUCGAGGUUAAAGACGGUUUUUUUUAAUACAUUUUAAAGCUAGUACUGAUCAGUUGAUUUGUUAGGACGUAGGGCAUUUUUGUGUAUUAAAGCAUUCUAUUGCACGUUAUAAUCUUGAUGUAAACGGCUGUGAUUGAAAUUGUAUAUUGUUUUUCGAACGCGACUAAGUUGCUGUGUCGUGCCCAAGUAUCGUUUUAACUCCCUUAGCGCAAGUAACUGAGUCUUAACGCCGAUCCUCAUUUGGAUUUAACGCUGUUGGGUCAUACAAAUUUUAUUGUAUUACUACUUAAUAGUUGUUAAAUUGACUAAUUUAAAAUACAGCCUAUACGAUUUUUGCGAGAUACAAAAUCUGUGCAACAGUAUUCCAAUAUUUUCCUAAGUAAAAUCUUUUAUGAAGUCAA